ACUGCGAUGUCAGUGGAUUGCCUGGGACAGCGCGCAGUACUCUCGGGCCGCCGUUUCCUCUACAUAGUCAACCUGGAUGCACCAAACGAGGGUCAUCGAAAGAUCUCGCGACAGAGCAAGUGGGACAUCGGGGCAGUGCAGUGGAACCCACACGACAGCUACGCGUACUACUUUGCAGCUUCGAGCAAUCAGCGAGUUGACCUGUAUAAGUGGAAGGAAGGUAAUGGUGAAGUCUGCACAUCGCUGCAAGGACACACACGUGUGAUCAGCGACUUGGACUGGGCGGUGUUUGAGCCAGACCUGCUGGUCACCAGUUCUGUUGACACAUACAUCUACAUCUGGGACAUCAAAGACACCAGGAAGCCUACAGUCUCCCUCUCUGCGGUCGCUGGAGCUUCCCAGGUCAAAUGGAACAAGAAAAAUGCCAACUGUUUAGCAACAAGCCACGAUGGAGAUGUCCGAAUAUGGGACAAAAGGAAACCCAGCACUGCAAUAGAGUACUUGGCAGCUCAUCUCUCUAAAAUCCAUGGUCUGGAUUGGCAUCCUGACAAUGAGUAUACGUUGGCCACUUCCAGCCAGGACAACUCUGUCAGGUUCUGGGAUUACCGUCAGCCUCGGAAAUACCUCAAUAUCCUUCCCUGCCAGGUUCCCGUCUGGAAGGCAAGAUACACGCCUUUCAGCAAUGGGCUGGUGACAGUGAUGGUCCCCCAGCUCCGGCGAGAGAACAGUCUCCUUCUCUGGAAUGUCUUUGACUUGAACACGCCUGUCCACACUUUUGUGGGACAUGAUGACGUCGUGCUGGAGUUUCAGUGGAGGAAGCAGAAAGAAGGUUCUAAAGACUACCAGCUGGUUACGUGGUCCCGUGAUCAGACUCUGCGGAUGUGGCGGAUUGACUCUCAGCUGCAGAGGCUGUGCGCUAACGAUAUCCUGGAUGGAGUCGAGGACCUCAUCGAUGGGAUUUCUCAUCUGCCAGAGCCAGACAAGACCCUUCACCCCCAGGACUCUGAGCCCCAGCAUAACUCUGGGCACGGGGAUGAGGAAGCCUUAAAAGAAGAUUUCCUGAAUGACCCCCUGGUGGGAAAGAAAACGGACCAGCUGGGGCUGCCUCAGACGCUGCAGCAGGAGUUUUCACUGAUCAAUGUGCAGAUCCGAAAUGUCAAUGUGGAGAUGGAUGCGGUGAGUCGUAGCUGUACGGUGUCGGUGCACUGCGGCAACCACAGAGUCAGGAUGCUGGUGAUGUUCCCUGUCCAGUAUCCCAAUAAUGCUGCACCAUCCUUCCAGUUCAUCAACCCGACCUCGAUCACUGCCUCCAUGAAGGCAAAGCUGCUGAAGAUACUGAAAGACACUUCUCUGCAGAAAGUGAAGCGGAACCAGAGCUGCCUGGAGCCCUGCCUGCGUCAGCUGGUCUCCUGGCUGGAGUCUGUUGUGAACCAAGAGGACAGCACGUCCAGCAAUCCCUACGCUUUGUCAAACUCCGUAACACCCCCCUUGCCCACGUUCGCCCGGGUCUCCAAUGCCUAUGGCUCCUACCAGGACUCUAACAUCCCAUUUCCACGGACCUCUGGAGCCAGGUUUUGUGGUGCAGGGUACCUGGUGUAUUUCACAAGACCCAUGACCAUGCACCGUGCGGUGUCCCCGACGGAGCCCACACCCAGGUCCCUGUCAGCUUUAUCAGCGUACCAUAGUGGCCUCAUUACUCCAAUGAAGAUCCGCACAGAGACUCCAGGCAAUCUGCGUUUGUACAGUGGGAGUCCGACACGCAGCGAGAAGGAGCAGGUCUCCAUUAGCUCCUUCUACUACAAAGAAAGGAAAUCAAGGAGGUGGAAAAGCAAACGAGAAGGGACAGAUGCCAACAACCGACCCAUCAAAGCCGCCGGGAAAGUUAUUAUCCAAGAUAUUUCCUGCUUGCUGCCUGUCCACAAGCUGCUAGGAGAGCUCUACAUACUGAAUGUGAAUAAUAUCCAGGAGACUUGCCAGAAGAAUGCUGCCUCAGCCUUGGCUGUGGGACGGAGGGAUCUCGUGCAGGUUUGGUCACUGGCCAUGGUAGCCACUGAUCUCUGUCUUGGACCAAAGUCUGACCCAGAUUUGGAGAUACCUUGGGCACAACAUCCAUUUGGACGUCAAUUACUGGAGUCCUUGCUGGCUCAUUACUCGCAGCUCCAUGAUGUGCAGACCCUGGCCAUGCUGUGCAGCGUGUUUGAAGCCCAAUCCAGGCUACAGGGGUGCCCAAACUCCUAUGGCCCCUUUCCUCAGCGUGCCUCCAACCUGGCUUCCCACAGCCGAUAUCCAAGCUUUACUUCCUCCGGCUCCUGUUCCAGCAUGUCAGAUCCUGGACUCAGCACCGGAGGCUGGAGCAUAGCAAACAAAGACACGGAGCAGGCCUCCACUCCCUGGUGCGAGUCUUCUCCGGAUGACUUCCGCUACGGAAACCUAAUGUAUCCCGAUCAUCGGGAGCGUGAGAAAGACCAGCACGAGAAAAACAAAAGGCUCCUGGAUCCUGCCAACACUCAGCAAUUUGACGACUUUAAGAAGUGCUAUGGAGAAAUCCUUUACCGCUGGGGCCUGCGAGAGAAGCGGGCUGAGGUUCUGAAGUUUGUCUCUUGUCCUCCUGAUCCCCACAAAGGAAUUGAGUUCGGCGUGUACUGCAGCCACUGCCGCAGCGAGGUGCGCGGCACCCAGUGUGCCAUCUGCAAGGGCUUCACCUUCCAGUGCGCUAUCUGUCACGUGGCGGUGCGAGGCUCCUCUAAUUUCUGCCUGACCUGCGGACACGGAGGCCACACCAGUCAUAUGAUGGAGUGGUUUCGCACCCAGGAGGUGUGUCCCACGGGCUGUGGAUGCCACUGCCUGCUUGAGAGCACCUUCUGAGCAGUGGUGACAGCAGGGCACCCGUGAACAGGAUUUAAUAUUUAAUUCCCAAGCCAUGUUGAAUCAGCUCUGCUCCACAGUGCCUGGAGGAGAUGCCGCAAGGAGCUGAAGCAGGAUGUCCUGGCGGUGCGCUGCAGUGACGUUUACAAGUGCUUCCAGUAUUCCUACACUUCCCAGGUUGCUUUCAGGCUGAUUUGACCAAACUCCCGGUGUCCAUUGCUGGCAAUGGAUGCCAGACCAGAAAAAUUGCUCUCUCCGGCAGAAGGGUGUGUGAAUGUUGGCUAGGCUCUGUUGGGAUGAGGAGGUGUUAAAAAGCUCCUUCGGAAAGGGCUCGCCUGGCAGAGCCAAACUCACUCCAGCUACGUAGUGUCUUUCCAGGUGCCUCCUUCCAGGGGCUCAAAGUGAGCGAAACAGUCGUCUUUGCACAGUUAAGGCAGAAAUAAUUCACAAACAACAGUGAGCUCUAAAGGCAAACUGUAAACUGCGCUCGAAGAGCAAAUAGUCCAUGGGACCGUGCUCAGAGUUACUUUUGGAAGCAACAGGGUCCUUAUUUUGAAUGGCUGUUUACAUCGUUUAGAUUACCCCAUAAAGCAAGAGAACGAAACUACAGUUUUCAGGAUUACUUCCUAAAUAGCUUCCUACUCACCGGUCGGUAUCUGUGGCUGGUGUGAAAAGCCCAGCCGUGCGCCCAAGGUCACUGGGAUUAGUUGCUUUCUUCCAGCUGUUGUAGUACCGUUACUCUUGAGGUGUCUCCACCUCCUGCUCUGACCGGGUGAUAGAUGCACUUUAACUUGCCUGUCCCUGCCUUGUCAGUGACACGUCCUGGUGACUGGGAAAGGCAUCUGCCUUUUGAGUUUGGGAUCCACACGGUGUUUCCAUGGAUGGUGGCAUCUGGGGGCGUUUCGGAAAGCCUUUGCUUCCUUACUGAGAAAACAAGGAGGACGCUUGCUCCGUGCAACUCCUUUUGGCUGUUUUCUUCAUUAGGGGGGGAAUCAACAAAAAAUUUGAGAUUUGCUGCCGGUGUGCUUGAGUGACGAGGCUCCUGAGCCGGGGAGGCGGCAAUUUCUAGGGGAAAAAGGGGUUUUGGAAGGGUGGUGGGAUUCACGGAGGCAAAAGGUUUGUGCCUUUUCUCCCUGUGGAGCUUCAAUUGGAGAAUGUACCGGAUCGAUCCGUCUGUCUGGGGCUGUGCCUGCUGGGCGCUCCCAUCCCAGGGACGCUGCUGUGCCACUGCCUGCGUGGUUGUGCGCACACCCUGAGCGCGCAGCCUGCGCCUCUCCUGAGCAGGCUUCUGCCUGAGCUUUGGUUUUGGGCAAACGUGUGGUCAGGGAUGAGCCCGCUGGAGCACCCCCCCACCCCGCGCCGGCGCUGAUCCCUUCCUCCCGUGCUUGCCUGCUGAGCAGGGCCACGUGCCGUGCCCGCUCCCAACCUUUGUGCUAACUCAGGCUGCGGGAUCCUGCUGUG